UCCCAACUGCAUGCUGGGAAAAGCAAAAUGCCGUCCGCCGGGUUUGUUCCCCAGCGGUGAGGCGUCCGCAGCGGGCCGUCUACGCAGCUGAUCCUCAGAGGUUAUUCUCCGGUUCUACGAGUGCGGAUGUCUGGGAACAAUGAGGUGUAGUGGUGUGUGUCUUGUGGGCAGAGCAGCUUGUGGACUAUGCGGUGUGCUUCUUUUGGCUUGUACGUCCUGAGCCGUGCGUGUGAGGCCACCGCUCCCUUCCCGCUUGCCAUGUACGCCACACGCUUCUACAGCACCGCCAGCGGGGGAAGUGGGGGGAAGCCUGGGCGCCGGCCGGGUGUGGCCAUGCUGGAAAACCACCACCCUCCCCCUCCCCCCACCUACUCUGUUUACCAGGGGAGACCUGACCCGCACCGCGGCCCCCAUUUUCAACACCACUACCACCCCCACCCCCAACCCACACACAUGCCCCCACCCCCCCAGCCCCACUACCAGCACCACACCCACCUGCACCACUAUGGGCCUGCCGGUCCCACGGGUGGCAGCAAGAAAAAGACAUGGAACUUCAUCCACGAGAAGAUGACUUAUGACACCUUCUUCACCAUGAAACGGCUCAUUGAACGGUCCCGACGACCUGAUGAGGUCCUGCGCUGGGUCACCCAGAACCCCGCCAAGAUUUCCUACAACCACUACCCCAUCGCCCUACAGAAGAUCGGUCAGCUCCUGCAGGCAGGGCCUGGGGCUGGUGCUGAAGGCCUGCUGGUGUCCUCCUCCUGCUCAGGGGGAGGAGGGAGUGCCAGUGGGGGGGACGAGAAGGAGGACAGACAAAUUCUGGAGCAGCAAGACUUCCAGACGCUGUGCGAAGCCAUCGUCAAUGACUGCACCAAGUUUGACAACUUCAGCAUUGUUAACUGUCUCUACGCCGUGGCAGCACUCGGGCUUCCCAGUGAUUCCCGGGUGGUGCAGGUUUUGGAGGCGGAGUCUCAGGCCAGACUGGGCCAGUUCAACCAGAAGGAUGUUUCAAUGGUUUUUAGCUCCAGUAUGAAGCUCCACCCCAGCUGUCAGCAUCCGCUGACUGAGGCCUGCCUUGCUGGCCUUGAGAAGAACCUGGAGCGAGAGCGCCACCCACAGACCUUGUUCCUCCUCCUCUCUUACUACCGCCUUAAGUGGCGCUCAUUGCAGCCACAGGAUGUGCCCAGUGGUGGCGCCAGUGUGCCUCCCAAUCCAGAACAGCUCUUGGCUAACAGGAAGAUCCUGCGCUUGGUCAAACACACUUUGGCCAGCGUCAGCGGCGUGCGAGACCAGGAGAUGGCGCUGUUGGAUGAGAUGCUGGCUGCCUGUGCCCGAGAGGCCAGCAACAAGAGUCUGGAGCUCAUCUUCAGCUCCCACCUCUUCUACCAAAACCGACAGGAGAGGUUCAUCAGCAGCCUAGCAGAGGAGCUUCCUAAGAAGGUGGACAGCAUCACGCCCUACACCAUGGCCCUCAUUGCUAAAUACAUCGCCCGCCACAGGCUGAGAGAGACGCGUCUUCUGGACACCAUCGCUGAAUUCCUGGUGAAGAAGGCUGAAUACCUGGACAGCAAGGUGAUCCAGAAGUUGGUGUUUCCAUUUAGCAGAAUGAGCUACCGGCCAUCCAACCAGGCCCAGUUCUUCUCCAAACUGGAGGCGGUUCUGGAGUUGAAGGCUCUGAGCUCCCCACUGGCCACUGUCAACAUCCUCAUGUCUCUGUUCCAGCUUGGCCAUUUUCCAGGCCUGGUACUGCACCGAGUCUUCUCAUCAGCCUUCAUCAGCAACGUCACCAACAGUCCCUAUGCCCUGAUUGUAAGGAGGUACUUGUCCCUGCUGGAUGCAGCAGUGGAGUUGGAGUAUCGAGACUACACUGGUCCACGACUGCAGGAUGUACACAAAGUUCUUAUGUUUGACCACGCCCUGACCGCCGAUGAGGUCAACCGCAAGUACAGUUAUAAAGGUCUUGUGGCGGAGGCUCUUAGACAGCUGGUUGGAGAGCAGGGAUAUAAACAAGACGAAGUCCUGGCUCCUGGAUAUUACACAGACUUUUUGCUGUGGAUGGACAGUGCUGGUCGGGUUCUGCCCAUCAGAACUGGAGGAGGGCUGACGCUGAAUUUGGUCCCUCCGUCUUGCGUCACUGUGGCCUCCAAGCCCAGCGAGGGGGCUGUUUCCGUGGCAACCCUUACCUCCGACUUCCAGAAGUUCUCACCUUUCACGACAUUGGAGGAGGGUUCAGACCAGCGACCGGGCGGGGAGGUGGGUGGAGCCUCGGACCCAGGGGCCCUCCUCCCCUCUCACAUCCGCAGUGCCCCUCCCUCCUCCACCUCCCGGCCGGGACCCAACAGUGGAGGGCCACUGGACUACAGCGCGUACUAUGUCCCGGCUGCCGAAUACUACAGCAGCCUGGCCAAGGAGCACUCCCUGGAGAGCCAGGACAGCUCCUCGCUCAGCAGCCCUCCCUCUGACAGCCUGGCCCAGACCGGGGCCCCGGGGCCAGGAGGAACCCCCGCCCCAGACUCCCUCUUCCAGUUCUCCAUUGGGAAGAUCCUGGAGGACGAGGGCGGGGUGGGGGGAGUGGGCCCGGGCCGCCAGGGGACAGAGUGUGAGCUGCCGGCAUUCUACGAGGGGGUGUCCUACUCUGAGGAGACCGGGGGGGAGGUUGAACCCUCCUCCUCCCCCCUCCUCCUCCAUCCAGCGGAGCGGCCCGAUACUGACAGCAACCCUUCCAAGCCCAGGCACAUCCACAGGGUCAUCAUGUCUGUCAAUGACAAGUGGCACUACUGUCACAACUCAGACGUGUUGGUGGGCUCACGGGCCAUGAGGGACCGACACCUGCAGCUCCUGGGAUACACCAUCCUUCAGCUGCCCUACCAGGAGCUGGAGCGGCUGAGUGGGAUUGAGGAGGUGAAACAGUAUCUUCACAAAAAGCUGCUGGAAGUGCCAUUAUGACAUGAGGAUUGUAUGCGCCGUCAUGGCCGACUGGGUGGUCCUUUGUCUGAUAAGGAGAUAGUCUGGGUUGGCAGUUUGAAUCCUGGUUAAAGGUCACAUGAGCUGUUCAUUAGCAUGAAACUGAAAUGUCCUCAGCUGUCAGUCAGCAAAGACUUCACAUCCUAAGCUCAGUCAGCCAUGACCAACGCUGCUUCCCUCAUCAGCCCACAUAACUUUCAUGGAUUUUUAGCAAAUUUUAGAUGUCGAAGAGUCAAAGCCAAAACACAUGAACAAAAACAUAAAACUGGGUCUCUGACGGUGGGAUGGGGAAUAUCAUGCAAAUAGCAGUCAGGCCGAAAACCACCAGAAACCAGCCAGUCUCUGUCCAGUAAAUUAUUCUGCUUUCACAGUGACUUGACUGGUAUCCAUCCAGCUAGGGUUUGGAGGUCCUGUUCUGCCUGGAAACUGGUUCUGGUUUAGUUGGUGUGACUGACUGACAGUUUGAGCACAAGGCUGUGUAAGAAUAUAUUUGGGUGUGUUGGGGGAGGUGUCAUUUUUCUAUGGUUUGGUAAACGGUGAUUCUGCAUGUGUUUGGAUGGGGGGGGUGACGGUUUCGAUCCAGUGGUGAAACCAGCAGCAGUUCUCACAAACAGGUUCAUGAUGGUUCAGAUUGUCGCGGAGGCUCCAGAUGAUCUGCUCAUCAUCAGCAUAGCAACGGGCCAUGAAGGAGACGAUUAACAUUAGCCUUUGUGUCUGCUUUGCAAUUGGUGAGAAUGAGGCUGAAUGUUACCAUGGUAACAACAUCCAGGAACCUCCCAUGUGUCAAAGCUGGAUGGAUGUUGUGAGUUUCAUCAUGGAUGAGGAAGGGGAGGAUGUUCUCGACUAUUUAUUAUAGGUACCAUGUGUCCGAGGGGAAGAGCGACUGAAUGUGUGGUUGGGUCCAGGGGCAGAUGGGUGGGAGAGCUUGUUUAUAUUCUAUAUAAAUCUAUGAAAUGUAUAUAAAAAAAUCACCAAAAAG